CAUUAACCGGAAGAUGAAGCAGAAGAAAACGAGGACAAAGAAUACGGUCACAUGACAUAGCAACAUGGCGCCGUAACUGACGGCCGAAAACAAUGCUGUUAUUUUGCACAUACAAGAGGCGUAAAGUCAGUACUUACUCCAUAUCUCAUCUUUAUUCACGAAAAUGAAACUGCGUGUUCAACUACAGUGUAAAAAUUUGCACGAAUAUUUGCGAGAGCUCAGUCCUGAUGUUCUGGACCGACUGUAUAACCAUCCAGCCACCUGCCUGGCUGUCUACAGGGAACUUCCCCCUCUGGCCAAAAAUUAUGUAAUGCGAAUGGUGUUCUUGGGUCGGCCUCUUCCUCAGGCAGCUGUGGCACUGUGGGUGAAGAAAGACAGUAAGAAGGACCACGACAAAUGUGUCUCAGCGUUGUCAGGACUUCGCCUUUGGCACAGUCAGCAGUUACCAGGUGGACUGCAGGGAUACAUUUUAAAUCCAGUGUUCAAGGACAACCUGAAGAUAGGUCUGCUCGGCGGGGGUAGAGCAUGGGUGGAUGAAGGUAGCACGCUGGGGCCUGAUCGACAUGCCCGGGACAUUGAGAGCCUGGACCGCUAUGCUAUGGAGCGCUGGGAGGUCAUUUUGCAUUUCAUGGUUGGUUCUCCCAAUGCUGCUGUCAGCCAGGACUUGGCUCAGCUGCUGGUCCAGGCAGGCCUCAUGAAAAGUGAGGCAGGAGAGGCACCCUAUAUCACCUCGGCUGGUUUCCAGUUCCUUCUAUUGGACACGGCCUCUCAGCUGUGGUACUUCACAUUACAGUACCUCAAAACAGCUCAGUCCAGAGGGAUGGACCUGGUGGAGAUCUUGUCAUUCUUAUUCCAGCUCAGUUUCUCUACUCUGGGCAGGGAUUACUCUGUGGAAGGCAUGAGCGAAUUGUUACUUACCUUCUUGCAGCACCUGCGGGAAUUUGGAUUGGUCUUUCAAAGGAAGAGGAAGUCAAGGAGGUACUACCCCACCAGAUUGGCCAUCACUCUGGCUGCAGGGGUUACUACUACUACUACUACUACUACUACCUUCUCAUCCUCUUCUUGCAUGACAUCUACCCUCAGUACUGGAGAAACAGGCUUCAUUGUUGUAGAAACCAAUUAUCGUAUCUAUGCCUACACAAACUCUGAACUGCAGAUUGCUUUGGUGGCUCUCUUCAGCGAAAUGCUGUAUCGCUUCCCCAAUGUAGUGGUGGCUCAGAUUACAAGAGAGUCAGUGCAACAGGCCAUUGCCAAUGGCAUCACCGCACAACAGAUUAUACACUUUUUAAGGACCAGAGCUCAUCCUGUCCUGCUCAAACAGACCCCUGUGCUGCCUCCAACCAUAACAGAUCAGAUCAGACUAUGGGAGCUGGAGAGAGAUCGACUUAAGUUUACAGAGGGAGUACUGUAUAACCAGUUCCUUUCCCAGGCAGACUUUGAGGUGCUUCGAGACCAAGCUCAGAGUCUGAGCUGCCUGGUGUGGCAGGAUGUAACUCACAGGGUGAUGGUGGUUACACCGCAGGGACACAGCGAAGUCAAGAGGUUCUGGAAACGACAGAAGUCUCACUAAAUGGAAGUAAAAAGAAGCAAAGAUAUCGCACAUCAUGACAGUGCAUCAUGUUAUCUCAAGGGUUAAUCACUGUAAAAUGGUUAUUUUGUUUUCUUAAGAAUAAAUUAUUAGUAAAUAUAAA